AUGGGAGACAGUAUCGUUAAUUGUGUGGUUGUUUUGGUGAGACCUGGAAAUCCUCGUAAUGGUGGACUCUAUGCUUACGUUGGCCAGAAGCUCUUAAGAUGUCUGCUGUCGAGAGAUGGCCGUGUGGAUUAA